AUGGAGGGUCCUCAAGGCCAUGAGUGCCCAGCUGUUGACUUGGGCGAGCCCGCGCUGUGCCCUGCCGUCCCUCGGCUGCUGCUGAGGGUGCCCCAUGGAGGAGGAUGGGCCCGGAUGGUGCCAUUGUAUGAGGCUGGACAGGGUGCGGGGCACUGGCUGCCGGUGGAUGUUAAUGGGACCCACGCCGCCACCCUGGCGGCCUGCGCCUCCCUGCUGGCCCUCGUCUUCUGCCUGGGCUCCUACGGCAACCUCAUCGUCCUCCUGUCCUUCUUCGACCCGGCCCUCAGGAAAUUCAGGACCAACUUCGACUUCAUGAUCCUCAACCUCUCCUUCUGCGACCUCUUCAUCUGCGGGGUGGCCGCCCCCAUGUUCGCCUUCGUCCUCUUCUUCGACUCGGCCCGAGGCGUCCCGGGCGCCUUUUGCUUCACCUUCCACCUCACCAGCUCCGGCUUCAUCAUCAUGUCGCUCAAGACGGUAGCGGUCAUCGCCCUGCACCGGCUGCGCAUGGUGCUGGGGAAGCAGCCGCACCACGCCGCCUCCUUCCCCUGCACCCUCCUCCUCACCCUGCUCUUGUGGGCCACCAGCUUCACCCUGGCCACCCUAGCCACCCUGAAAACCCGCGGCUCCCGCCUCUCCCUGCCCAUGUCCAGCUUCGCCAGCGGCGAGGGGAAGAUCAUCCUCUACCUCUAUGUCACUGACUUCAUCUGCUGCGUGGCUGUGGUGUCUGUCUCCUACGUCAUGAUCGCCCAGGCCCUGCGGAGGAACGCCCAGGUGAGGAAGUGCCCACCCGUGGUGGCUGUGGAUGCCUCCAGACCGCAGCCCUUUGUGGGGCCACCGGCCACCGGGGCUGGCAUGCAGAGCGCUGUGCCUGCCUUGUACAGGAACCAGAGCUACAGCAAGCCGCAGCACGUCCAGACGCACAGCUACGCCAAGCACCUUGGCCAGCCACUGGCCCCCGCUGCCGGCCGGCUCCAGCUGGUGCCAGCGGUCAACCUGUCCACGGCCAAAGACUCCAGGGCGGUAGUGACGUGUGUUGUCAUCGUCCUCUCCGUCUUGGUUUGCUGCCUGCCCUUGGGUAUCUCUUUGGUGCAGGACAUGCUGUCCAGCAGCGGUGGCUUUGUUCUCUACCAGUUCGAGCUGUGUGGAUUUACCCUAAUUUUUUUCAAAUCUGGAUUAAAUCCUUUUAUAUAUUCCCGUAACAGUGCUGGACUUCGGAGACGAGUCCUCUGGUGCCUGCAGUACGUAGCCCUUGUCUUUUUCUGCUGCAAGCAGAAGACGAGGCUUCGGGCCAUGGGCAAAGGCAGCCUGGAAGUCAACAGGAACAAGUCGUCCCACCAUGAGACCAAUUCAGCAUACAUGUUGUCUCCAAAACCUCAGAAAAAGCUUGUGGACCAAGCCUGUGGUCCUAGUCACUCCAAGGAAAGCGUGCUGAGCCCUAAGGCUUCUGUCGGGCAUCAGCACUAUGCACAGAGCAGCUCAACCCCCAUGAACACCCGAAUCGAGCCCUAUUACAGUAUCUAUAACAGCAGCCCUUCCCAGGAAGUGAGCACCCCGAAUAGCUUGCAGCCGGUGAACUCAGCUUUCGGAUUUGCCAAAUCCUACAUUGCCAUGCAUUAUCACACCACCAAUGACUUGGUGCGAGACUAUGACAGUGCUUCAACUAAGCAGAUACCAGUGCCCUCGGUGUAA